AUGGGUGAUGAAUCAAAGAGACUUGGGUGUCGAGUCUCGAAGGAAGCAGGCAGUAUGAAGACGGUGAAUUCAACUGCCAAACCAAUUGAUGGAGUAGCUUGUGGUGUGGAGCUACACAUUGCUGCUUGGAAGGGAGUAGCUGACUUCUUCGUGAUCCCGAUGGAUGACUACGAUGUCGUGCUAGGAAUGGAGUUCAUGGACAAGGGUGGAGCAAUGCCAUGCAUGGUGAUAGUGGUGAGGCAACAAGGCAAGUCGAAGGUCUUAUCAGCCAUGCAACUUUCCAAGUCUUGGAAGAAGGGGGAACCGACAUUCCUUGCAACUAUGAAGAUGGACACAGUUGAGAAGGAAGUCAAACCAGUCCCGAAAGCGAUGAAGGUGGAUCAUACCAUCGAGGAGGAACCAGUGCUAAGACUUCCUGAUCUUAGUAAACCGUUAGAGGUACACACUGAUGCAUCAGAUUUCGCUAUUGGUGGUGUACUCAUGCAGGAUGGACACCUAUUCGUUUUCGAGAGUCAGAAGCUCAAUGUCACGAAGCGGAGGUAUAUCAUUCAAGAGAAGGAAAUGACAGCCGUAGUGCACUGCUUAGGGACUUGGAGACACUGUUUGCUUGGUUCUCAGUUCGUGGUCAAGACUGACAAUGUUGUCACAAGCUACUUUCAGUCUCAACAGAAGUUGUCACCCAAGCAGGCUAGGUGGCAAGACUUUUUGGCGGAGUUCGACUACAAACUGGAGUACAAGGAAGAGGAUCUAUGUUCCAAGGUGGGACAAUCUGAGGCACUAUGUGAGUGCCAACCAAUGAGAUUGGGCAAAGUUGUUGGAUGGUGCUCAGUUCUCGUACAACUUGCAGCGGUCGGAGUCGACAUGCUCAACCCCUCUCAACACAAGUCCACUAGAAAGUUACACAAGGCGUUGUUGAGGAGAUAUGAGGGUCCAUUUCCUAUCAUCCGAACAGUGGGAAGAGUUGCUUACCAUGUGGAACUACCACCCCGAUUAAAGAUUCAUCCAGUGUUCCACAUGAGCAAUCUCAAGCCCUACCAUGCUAACCCCGAGGAGCCAAGUCGUGGAGAGUCUCAACGAGCUCCACCUUUGAUGGUGACUUCAUUUGACAGGGAGGUUGAGUGCAUCAUGGCCAAGCGAAAGGUGCGACGCAAGGGUGUACUGAGGUACUUUGAGUACUUUGUCAAAUGGAAGGGCCUGCCAGAGUCCGAAGGCAAUUGGGAGAAAAAAGAGUCUUUGUGA